AUGCUCAACCACCAACAAACUCUGACAAACACCGCAGGAGAUUUGGGUAAAUCUGUGAAGAGUCAGUCUAUAUUUCUUGCACAUAUCCGCACGAUUAAACAGCUGAUUAUGUUUGUGGACGGCCCGUUCGACCUGCGACCAUCUGCAUAUCCUGCAACAAAUCGCUGUCAAAUAUCUAGAUAUGCCUAUGACACAAACGUCUCAAAUAGUCACGUUCCUUGGUCAAUCUCUCAAUUGUCGCGGCUACUCAGUCGUCGUUUCUCUGCCUCUCCGCGACCCGGAUUGAAGGACGUAUCGGGUGUGGCCGGACAUCUUCUAAGCGCGCUAGGGAGCUUCUCAAUCCACCCGCUUGCAGUGGAGAAACAAGAGCGGGAUACUGCUGUUGAUUGCAUUGUGUUGAGGAUGAGGACAUCUGCGUCUGGCGAAACAAAUGGUAGGAUGAUUGUGGCAUGCUGUCAUGAAAGUAAUGAUAAGCAGUGA